GGUGCACCCAAUGACCGGUCCAAAACCCCAUCACGCAGCAAAGGCCACUGCAGCAACCGCAACGCCAUGAGUGACAAACGAGAGGAGGUGCUGAAGACUCUCUCGACCAUCUCACAGCUGACUAUGGCGCAUGCCGCGUUCAAAUGCGGAGCGUAUGGUCGUGCACUGAUGCACUUUGAAGCCCACAUGCGGGCCUUGCAUGGACUGGACUUUACAGAGCAACGGAUGCGCAGACACGCACAUGUCUUGCAG